GCCGAGGCGGGAGGUGCGGCGGGUGCAGCGAGCUGGUUCGUCCUGCUCUGCGGCGGCGGCGGCGGCGGCGGAUCGGAUCUGCCUCCCGAUUGUCCUUAGCUGCGAUCCCGAGCUGUGAGCUGUGGAGCUGAGCGGCGGCGCGAGGACCGCGGCUGCCGAGCAGGGGACUAACAGGACAUACGACUCUUGGGUGAAGUGUGGCUGCAGGCCAUUGAAUUCCCCGGAGCUUCCUGAGACAAGAGAGUGGAGGGCGGCCACGCACCUGCAGCCUGCAUCAUGCCAGCACUGUCUACAGGAUCUGCUGGUGACAUGGGUCUGUAUGAGCUGUUGGCUGCUCUGCCCGCCCAGCUGCAGCCACAUGUGGAUAGCCAGGAGGACCUGACCUUCCUCUGGGACAUGUUUGGUGAAAAGAGCCUGCAUUCACUGGUCAAGAUUCAUGAAAAACUCCACUACUAUGAGAAGCAGAGCCCCGUGCCCAUUCUUCAUGGUGCAGCAGCCUUGGCUGAUGAUCUGGCUGAGGAGCUACAGAACAAGCCACUAAACAGUGAGAUCAGAGAGCUGCUGAAACUGCUGUCAAAACCGAAUGUGAAGGCUUUGCUGUCAGUACAUGAUACUGUGGCUCAAAAGAGUUACGAUCCUGUAUUGCCUCCUAUGCCUGAAGAUAUCGAUGAUGAGGAAGACUCUGUGAAAAUAAUACGCCUGGUCAAGAACAGAGAGCCCCUGGGUGCUACGAUUAAGAAGGAUGAGCAGACGGGGGCAAUCAUCGUGGCCCGGAUCAUGCGGGGAGGGGCUGCAGACAGAAGUGGUCUUAUUCACAUGGGUGACGAGCUGAGGGAAGUGAAUGGGAUUCCAGUGGAAGACAAGAGGCCUGAGGAAAUAAUACAGAUCUUGAGUCAGUCCCAGGGAGCAAUUACAUUUAAGAUAAUACCCAGCGCCAAAGAGGAGACGGCUUCCAAGGAAGGCAAGGUGUUUAUCAAAGCCCUUUUCGACUACAGUCCGAAGGAGGACAAGGCGAUCCCGUGUAAGGAGGCGGGGCUGUCUUUCCGGAAGGGAGACAUUCUUCAGAUUAUGAGCCAGGAUGAUGUGACAUGGUGGCAGGCAAAGCACGAGGGUGACGCCAACCCCAGAGCUGGCCUGAUUCCCUCCAAGCCCUUCCAGGAACGGAGACUGGCUCUGAGACGACCAGAAAUAGUAGUCCAGCCUCUGAAACUUUCCAACAGGAAAUCAUAUGCUGGAUAUGAUGGUAACAGCAGCGGAACCUACAUAGCUGGUUUUAGAAGAAGUUUCCGUCUUAGCAGAAAAGAUAAGAAAACAAACAAGUCUAUGUAUGAAUGCAAGAAGAGUGACCAGUACGACACGGCGGAUGUGCCCACAUACGAAGAAGUGACACCAUAUCGGCGUCAGGCUCAUGAGAAGUACAGGCUUGUUGUCCUGGUUGGUCCCGUCGGGGUCGGCCUGAACGAGCUGAAGCGGAAGCUAUUGAUCAGUGACACGCAGCACUAUGGUGUGACAGUGCCCCACACCACUAGAGCACGAAGAAGCCAAGAGAGUGAUGGUGUGGAAUAUAUUUUUAUUUCCAAGCAUUUGUUUGAGACAGAUGUACAAAACAACAAGUUCAUUGAAUAUGGUGAAUAUAAAAACAACUACUAUGGUACAAGUAUAGACUCCGUUCGCUCCGUCCUAGCUAAGAACAAAGUUUGUCUGUUGGAUGUCCAGCCUCAUACAGUGAAGCAUUUAAGGACACAGGAGUUCAAACCCUAUGUGAUAUUUAUAAAGCCUCCGUCAAUAGAGCGUUUGAGAGAGACAAGAAAAAACGCAAAGAUUAUUUCAAGCAGGGAUGACCAAGCGACCGCGAAGCCCUUCACGGAAGAAGACUUUCAAGAAAUGAUUAAAUCAGCACAGAUAAUGGAAAGUCAAUAUGGUCAUCUUUUUGACAAAAUCAUAGUAAAUGAUGACCUCACUGUGGCAUUCAAUGAGUUAAAAACAACAUUUGACAAAUUAGAGACUGAUACUCAUUGGGUCCCUGUGAGCUGGUUACAUUCAUAACUCAGGAAAUUUCCAUAAUUGUCUUUUUUACGGAGUGCAUGAUUAGGUCAGCUACCAUGUUUUGGGUAGGAUUUUUUAAAAUCCCUAUCACUGUCAUAGAUGUAAAGUCUUCAAAAAUUUUAAUUCGGGUUUUGUUUAUAUCUUUUAUGGCCUUAUUUAAAGCAUAUGACUGUACAAUCUAAAAGUCAAAAUCUGCACAGUGCUAUAUUCUUAGCAGAACUUUGAAUUUCCUGGUUGUCUUUAGUCUAGUUCUGUUUCUGUUGUGAGGCAGUAUGUAGCAGAGUCCAUGUCCACCUGUGCUCAAUGCCCUUCACUUUGCAUGCUUGCAGUUGACAGCAUGGACUUAGCAGCUACAGAUUUAACUGAGCUGGAAAUAAGACCCCCAUCUUCUUACUGCUCCUCUACACAAAGUAUGUUCUUAGUGUGCACAUUUAAAAGCAAAGGAGAAACUCCGUUGUUUUUUUUUUUUCUCUUGAGGGAGUAGCUCACAUAUUAUAGCUUAGGGAAUCCUUUGGAGUACAUAUCAGAGAUGCUGCAAAUAUGCUAUAAGGGAAAAUUGGAUUCUUCUUUUUUAAGUUGAGGGUCUCACUGUGCUGUCUACACUGGCCUUGAACUCAGCCCUCCUUUGCCUCAGACUCCCAAAUAUGGGUACAUGCCACUGCAACAGGCUUGGAAGUAGAUUUAAAUAAUAUUAUAGAUGUAGACAAAAACCUUUCCCCAUGGUUUAGUAAGAGUGCUGGUAUCUUAGGGCAAGUAAUGAUCACAAAGCACCUUCUGUUUUCAUCUAUUACUUUUCAGAAGAUAUUGCUGGAGUCAAAAUGUUUUCUUCUCUUGCUUUGGAAUUUCUCAACAAAUUAUAAGAAUGAGAUAAGUAGUCUAAAACAUGUAACACACAUAUGAGAGUGCAGUUAAGGAAAAAGUGAUCAUGCUUCUGUAUUGUGCAAUCACCACACAUUUCAAUUGUGCCGCACUGUGUUUUAGAAUCCUUAUAUUGUGUUAACUUCUUUGUCACCAAAAUGGUUAACACUGGCCGAGUCCAUCUCAACCUGUUCUGAAGGAAGAGGGAUUUUUAAAAGUUUAGAUGACACUGCUCCUUCUUCUUUGAUGCUUUAGGUCUCCAGCAAGUGAAUAAUUCGCAAUAUUACAAAUGUCCCCAGUUCAGAGAGCUCCUGCCAUUCCAGUGAGCAGUGUGAUUCAGUCAAUAGAAAAAUCAUCACAUUUCUGACUUUCAUACAAAAGUUAUUUUUGUUGCUUUGUAGAGAGUUUAAAUGUCAUGUUUAAAGAAAAAUGAAAUGUAGGGAAAUUUUAUAUAUUUGUGAAAUAUUUGAAAGGCAUAUUUUUUUAGUUAUCAAAUAAGGCUAUUAUUCAUAAAAUAAAUUGUAUGUAAAGAUAUAAUAACUUAAAGUAGUAGUUUUAUAAACAAGGUCAACAUUCCGUGUAAAUAUUUGACCUUUUGGCAGGUAGGCCCACAUGCAUGUUACGUGUUCACUGCUGUUUGAUAGUGUCCAUUGCUAGCUCUCCUGAAGACAUGUCAAAUUACUGUGAGAAGCAGAAACAGAAACUACUCUAGUGACCUCACUGUUCAUUCACAUCCAACAUUCAGAUCAUUGGACUAAUGACCACAGUCCAUGCAAGUUCUGCGUUUAUUAAUUCAACAAUAAGCCAUACAAUUUUAACAUAGGACGACUAGCAGAUUUCCUGUUCUGAAGCCAAUGACCAGUGUGGCCCAUCUAGAAGCACAAGUCUUAAAGAGUUGGUUUGGGUGGAAUAUGUCAGCCCGUGGGCGAUGCCUACAUUUCUCAUAAAGCGAGUUUCUGUACCAAGAGUGAUAAGGAAUGUGUGCCAGCAUAGGACAUUCUGUGACUACUUUAGCCCACAUUCCUUCCUCUGAGAGAUCUUCACGCACUGUUUUUCUUCAUUUGGGGAUUGUUGUCUCCUUUCUUUAUUUUGGGGUGGAGCUUGUAUAGGGCAGUGGAAAUUUUGAGUCCUUCUAGGUAGUAUAGGUGAUAGAAUGUUAUGAAAAUACAAAUGUCUGCACCUUUUAGAGCAGAGCUAGACACUAUUUCUUUAAAACAAUGGCAAUAAAAGCAGUGUAAGAAAUCGGGUGGCAUGUAGCCUUCCCCCCGUGCUUUGAUGCUACAGAGAUUGAAUUAAAAUGUAAUGAGCAGACCAACAAAGGGCUGCUGAUACCUGCAGCAAGAGGCCUCUCUCUGCUCUCUGACCUCAGCACUCCCUCCACCAAGAAGAACUCUUUGCUCCUAGUUUUCAGCAGCCCGUUCCUGGGAUGGAGUGUCAGCCACUACUAGAGAGAAAAGCAGAGUUUCAGUGUUUGUCCGUACAGUUAAAAUUGAACCUAGUGUGGAAUGCUGCUCUCCUCGUCCACCUCCCAGUUAGAGUGGCCUAAAAGUAAAGAGAUAAAAUUGAAACAAUAACCAUGGUUUCCCCGAGUAGUAUGGAAACUUGGCGUCCAUAAGGCUGACAUUCCUGGUACUAUAUAAUCAUUGAGUGUACCUAAACUGUAGUGAUUUAAAAUGAGCAAACAUGUAAACUCAGAUUUAUAAAACUAUGGAGUCAAAAUGUCCCUAAAGAUAGAUUUUUAUUUAUUUUGCUUUUGGCCUAUGAUGGAUUUAUAGAUAAAUGUAAUGGAAAGUUUUUUUUAAUCUUAAUAAAGUAUCUUCAAACAAUA